AUGAAAAAAUUCAAAAAUGGUUUACGUAAUUCAUCAGGCCAAGAACGUCUUACAGGUUUAGCUCUUUUAAAUGUGCGCAAGCAAAUAGUAUUCGAAAUCAAUUCAAAUGAUGAUAUCUAUCGUUUUGUCAAAGAAAACAAGCGACUACUAGAUGUGUAUUAUCAUAACUACUUAUGUGCUAUAAAAUAUUCUUUAAAAAAUAAUUGUAUAUAAUAUAAAUUUACUUUAAAAUAUUCUUAAAUAAUCUUGAUGUGUAAAUAUAACAAAAAGUCGGGGUUUUUUUUUUUUGUUUAAAAUUAAUGUUAAUUGUUUUUUUAAAAUUAUUAUGAAAAUAUAUUAUUUGAUUUAAACACUCCCCUUCUCACUCCCGAAAAUUCGUUCCAGCUACGGACUUGCUCUUCGGGUAAUUUACCAUUUGGAAAAAAGGUUGUUCGGGAAAAACGACGAGAACCAAUAUAUUUAUAUUGUAAUUGUAAAUAUAAACUAUACGGUGUGACAAUGGAUUUUCACAUCCCUUUUAAAUUUAAAACGAAUUGAUUGCAAAAAAAGAGGCAAAUGGAGGGGGUUAACCCCAUGACCCCCUCUCCAUGAGUACGCCCAUGGAAGGACUUAACACCCCUUAAUAUCAAUUAUGUAUAAGUACUUAGUAUUUACUUCACGAGGACUUGGUUUUGUGUGGUGAGCCUCGUAUGUAAUGCCUAUGCAUUUAACUCAUUUAAAAAUUUGACUUAUUGAUAUUGAUGAUAUUCAUUGACAUUCAUUCUAAAAGAAAAUACCGUGUAGAUUUCCAGUGAGUAUGCACGUGUAGAACCAUUUGGUUUUAACUUGUUUUUACAAUACAACCAAUAUUUUAUGUGUUUUGUUAACGUAUUGAAUAUCUACAUUUAUUUCAUGUUCCUAAAAACUAUUGUCUAAAAUUUAGUAACUUUGAAUUUAUUAGUUGCACUUAUUAUAGGCUCAUAUGAGUCUCCUAUUGGCAAAAAUAAAUUCACUGCUUUAUUUCAACCCACAGUAUCCUGUUGUAUGAAUGAGGUUGUAACUGUAAUAAACCAGUCCGAAAUAUUUAAUGACUGGAUUGAAUUUCUAAAAUAUUUUAAUAAACUCACUGAAAUCCAUAAGUAAUUAAUGAUUUUAAUUAUUUAUCAAAUAAUAUGAAUCAAAAAUUAAACAGAUUUUUAAUAUUUUUACGAAAUAUAAUUUUUCUGUGUUGCUUAGUUGUAUUGUAAACGUAUAUGUGAGUAUCAUUCCUUUAAAUAAAUUGCAUCAAAAUGAACACAAUACAUGUAAGUACCUCCGUCAGGAUUGUAUUGGUUUUAAAAUUGUUUUAUUUUUUUUUACUGUGUAUAAAAAUUCUAUCAGAAUUCGUGCUCCAAAGGAUCAAGUGUAGCACCUUUUCUGUCAUUUUUUGAUUUUCUCAGGAGUUUCCAUAAUAAAUGAGAAAAACCGAGAAAAUCCGCAAGAAAAAUGGGAAAAUUUACAAAAAUAAUUUUAAAUUUUGUUUUUUUAUUGUUUUCGUUUUUCAUUAGCAAUGGCUAACUAUUGCAUACAAAAAUAAUUAAAUUCUCUAUAUUUUAUCUUCCCAAUCUCUCAUCCACAACAGUGGCCCACCCAUUGUGUGAAGUAUGUUCACCUUUUUAAAUAGUUUAUUUAUAAUAAAUAACACUAUUAAAUGAAUGGAAAAUGUUUCUUUAGAAUUAAAGUUUAUUAAGAAAAUUUGUAAAGAAUAACAUAUAAUAUUGAUCGGUAUACAGCUUUUAUUGAACGAUAGUUUUUCGAAAAAUGUCUCUGGAAAACGCACUUAUUACAAAAAAUAAAAUUGUGAAACUAUACUUGUGAGGAAUUAUUAUUAAUUAUCAAUUUUACACCAACUAAAAGUGUUAAAAUCGUUUUAGGCAUGAUUAUUUUUUUUUUCUAUGGCAUUGUUCAAUCAAUUUCAAACAGUUUGUCUGUCUUUAAUAUACAUAAUACAAAUGUGGGUAAUGGGUAUUUGAUAAGUAAAUAAUUUAAACAUAAUUAAUAGCUAAAUAAUAUAAGAAUAUUAAAUCAGUGCUCUGAUAUUCAUAUUAUAUAACCUGACUGAAUAGCAAACUAUGGGAAAACAUGACUAUCACUUGAUAAAUUAGUCAAUUAUCCUAAUGAAUACUAUUACUGAAAAGUAUUGAUAAUAUAUUUAAUUUUCUUAUUUAAUAUUUUCGAUAAUUUGUGAUUUCCCUAGAAAUAUUAUUUUUAAUAGGUGUGUUCAAAACGAUACUAUUAUGUACAAAUAUUAUUUCAUUAUAUAAUAAAUAUAUUCAUUUUCUUUAUUAUUAUAUUUUUAGAUUUGAAGGUUUAUAGUUUGUGUUAAUUUAUAUAGAGAGUUCAUAUUUAUAUUGAGCAAAAUAACUACCAAUUUCUUGUUAAAUAUAUUUUAACACAUCUAUAAGUUUUAAUAUGGUAUUCCUCAUAAUGAGUUAAGUACUUAAAUCAUGUUUGUUAUUAGUGUACCUAUUGUGUUUUAGAUACAUAAUAUAUCGACAUAUAUUUUUUGCAUGUUCAUGAACAUUAUUUGACAUACAUACCAAGAACCAUAAGAAAUAGCAAAAUGAGAAUAUAUUACGAGUCAAGUUUAUAGGUACAUACCUCCUUUCAGAAACAUAUAUUUAGACAAUGAAUUAUUACAUUUUUGUACCAUUCUGCAGUAACCAAGACUUUUAAGUGACAUUAAUAAUUUUUACAACCCUUCCAAAUAGGCCAAAUUUACUGUAUAACUAUUCAUCAUUGUAACCAUUAUGAAUACAACUAUUUACUGCAAACUAUAAAUAUUUUUGAAAAGUUGUGUACGUUUUUAUGGCAGUCAACUAGUAUAGAACAUAGGUAUACAAAGUAAUCAAUCUAUCGUAAGACGCUCAUUAUCUCGGAAAGUAUUUUUUUUCUUUUUCAGAAUUUGUUUUAUAGAACAUUUAAAAAACAAGUAGCUCUAAUACGAUUUUAUAUUUAUGUUUUUUUUUGCCAAUCUUUUUUUUGAGGAUGAAACCACUACCUACUUUUAAUUUUCAAAUGGCAACUUAUACUAAAAAUUGCAUAAAGAGAUGGAGUAUUAAUUUUAAAAAAAAUGUUUGUAUUAAAAUUGUUGAUUUCCGUCAAUCUGUUGACGAGAUAUUCCAAUUUUAAAAAUAAAAUUAAAUGAGAGAGACUUAAAGGAGUUAGAAGGAAAAAGGGCUGACGAGGAAAAUGAAACUAAUAGGACACUUGAUUAGGUAUAAUGCCUUCAUAAGGAACAUCUUUGAAAGGGAAGUCUUGGGGAAAGGUAUUAGAAAAUGCCCAACAACUUCAUACUGUCAAAAUCUGACGCAGUUCAUGGAUAGAUUAUCAUAUUCGCAGUUGCGGAACAUGGAAAAUGAAAGAUACAUGGUUAUUAUGAUUUAUGACAAGGCGUAUCCUUGUCCUUUAGAUGAUGAUGAAUAA